AUGGACAUUUCUCAGCUCAUCGAGUCUAUUGAGUCGUGUCACCAAGCCAUCACAGUUCGUCUCGCUGUAGAUCUCAAACUCUUCGAUGCAAUCGUCAAGCGCACCUCUGAAAGUGAAGAUGGCAAAGCGCGCGUGCAUCAGCUUGCUGAGGAUGUCAAAGCCGAUCCCAAGCUAGUUGGAAGAAUCAUGAAGGCUCUUGUACCACUGAAUAUUCUCAAACAAGAUGCCUCUGACACCUUCUCAACUACGCAAUUUACCGCAUCCUAUGUUUCAACGUCCUGGAUGUCUGGUGCAGUCAUAUUCUUCACUCAUAUGUUUCUUUUUGUUGCUCAGCUUCCAGCAUACUUUGAACAAAAGGGGUGGAAAAAUCCAGAUGACAUCGAAGACUCUCCAUUCAACUUUGUACUCAAGUCCAAGCGUGGAUACUUUGAUUACAUGUCAUCGAAACCGUAUUACCAAGACGCUUUUGACACGGUUAUGGCUUCGCCCUAUCGGCGCGACGAGAAGAGCUGGCUGGAUUUCUUCCCGGUUCAGGAGAAGCUACAGGUGCAGAGCCCUUCCGAGGUUGUACUUGUGGAUGUUGGAGGUGGUCGUGGUAAAGAUCUGCAGGCUUUCCGCGAGAGAUUCCCGAAUUUGCCAGGAAGACUUGUUCUCCAGGAUUUAUCUUAUGUGACCGAGACAGCGGAUCUUCCAAACGAGAUCGAAAGCCAAGUCCAUAACUUCUUUGAUGAACAGCCUGUAAAAGGCGCAAAGGCAUAUUACCUCCGCACUGUUCUCCACGACUGGCCAGACAAGCAGGCCGUGGAGAUCCUUUCGAGGCUUCGUGAAGCGAUGGCACCCGGUUCUUUACUCCUGAUUCAUGAAAAGGCUAUGCCGGAGACCAAUAUUCCGUGGAUGGCUGCCAUCGGUGAUAUGACUAUGAUGACUGCCUUUGCAGCGGCAGAACGAACCAAGAACGAGUGGGAAAUAUUGCUAAACAAGGCUGGGCUGAAGCUCAGUGGCUUCUGGAAACCCGAGGGCUCUUCCGCACAGCAACAGGUUAUCAUAGAGGGCGCAGUUCACUAA